CAUCGCUGCGCCCACACGCGCACACCUCCCGCCCUCGCUCGUCGACCCUGACCGUGGGCGAGGAAGCGCCACCGUUACCUGGUACUGCCCGUGUCCUACGGGGCCCGGUCCGCAACCGCUCUUGUUCUCGUCGCCGGGGACUUCGGACAGCCACAGCUGGAGGACGAAUGAAGGGUCGAGGACGAGUAGUUGAUCAGCGGUAUGACGUGCUUCCCCCUCUUGAUAUCACAUGUUGUGUCGGCGAGCCCGUCGUCGGCACAUGCGGCUCUCGUCGAUCUCCCACGGCAAGCUUGAUAUCGGAUACGGCGCGGGCGAAUGCGCGGCGGUCUUUCAGGCGAUGCUGAGAGCUGGGGACCAACGCUGAAGAGCUCGACAGCACCACUGGGACAUGACGACCGUCGAGAGCCGUCUGGUCGGUGCGCUACUUCAUCAAACGCGAUUAUUCGAACGCGACGAGACCCACGUCGUCUUUCGCGGCACAUCCCCUGCUGGCUUCCCUCGUGAAUUAGUCCCUGCGGGCAUCCAUCAUCGCCGCAUCACCUGCGUACUGUAUUCGUCCUCGUCUCCCCUCCAGAUCACCGCGACGCGGACUUCCACAAGGAGUAUGGUCGCCUCUAGCCCAAUAUAUCGCCCCCAACCGCGCCACAACUUGCUCUGGUCCUGAUGAAGCCACCUAUGGCCGAAUUUCUCGCCCACAUCCGGGCACUUGCCGC